AUGCAGUGCCUCAAAAAUAUAUCAUUAUAUAAAUAUCUAUUUACUAGGAAACGUGAAAACAAAGCCUAUUUCCUGAAUGUGGAGUCUAAACUAAUUCCUGUGUACUGUCACAUGGAAGCUGCUGAGCUUGGAGCAUGCGGAGGAGGUGGAUGGACGCUCGUCAUGAAGACCGAUGGCAAAAAGGUAGCAGCAGCAGCGAUGCAACAAUUUUUGCCCCCGCAGGGAUUUCGCCCAGAAGGCGAAAUCCCGAGGAGGCACUCUAGUAACUCGCGCGUAUAUUAAGGAAAGUACUUACAGUUGGAAUAUACAGUCAGCAUGCCAGAAAAAAUCUCGACUUGCUUGAACAGGGGCCGCGAGGAAUCGGUGGGUAAUGAUGACGUUUCUAUUGUUUGCGCCCGCAAGUACGAAAUGGUUAGGAUGACGUAAAGACAGAAAAUUGCGAGGGGACCGGUUAGGUAGAUUUUGUGACAUUUAUUGUGCAGUCAUACUUCGAUACUCUUUUGCGUUACGUAUUAUCAGUGACAUUUUGUGUAGCCGUUGUUUUGGAAGUUAUGGACCAAAAGUCACUCGUUAAGCGCAGAUAAGUUCUAAGGUGCGUAUAACUGUGUAUAUAUAUAGAGAGUUUGCCAGACACGAGUUCACAAUUUUUUGUUUGGAAACCUUGCCAGACACUCUUUUUCUCGCUUUGACCGCAAUAAGACUCAGCCCCAAACAAGCAAGACGAGUGAACAACGGCUAGCUUAUCACUAGCAGAACGAUGGACGAUUACAAAAAAUUCGCCGACAAUCAAAUUCUGUGCUGAUGUAUUCCCUGCUCACAGAUGUCCUUCCGCUAUAAAGUUUAAAAUAAGACUAGAAUGCGUGACUGUGAACUGAUCAAAGGUCCUUUUAAUUUCUAAGGCUUCCUUUCCGGCAAAUAAAAUGAACUGAAUGUAAAAAGUGAAAGAGAAAUAGCCAAAAAUUCAACUUCUAAUUAAAUCUUUUCUUAUGGUUUAGAAUAAACUAUUCUCGAAACUGAGAAUGUUUUGAUCAAAGCUGUGUAAAUCGAACUGAAACUGUGCAUGGAACCUUGCGUUUCCUGUAUUUAUCUCACCUAUUAUAUAUUGAAUAUGUGUGAAAAUCUUCAUUAUGAAUCGGUAUAUUUCAAAGAGCUACACAACGAGCAAGAAUACCAUUGACCGACAAUAUACAGAACGGGGGCAGCUGUAGAGUCAACUAUCACUAGUAGUAUUCAUUGAUAAUAUAUUGCCCGAGUUCAUGAUUGGUUCCAAUCCCUCGACUAAUUCUUCAUAACCAUCCGCCGUUUACCAUAUUUGGAAGAUGUAGGACUGAAUAUACAUGAUCGAUUCUAUGGUAUAUUGCCUAUUAUUAAAAACUGACUAAUUGGGUAAUGCAAUUCUAGUGCACUGAUUGGCUUAGCUAUUAUGGUAUAUGAGCCAUUAGUAUAUACACACUCAGUGAUUUUGGUGAGUUAAGCAAUCUGAUUGGUUCGCUAUCUCGGACUAUUCAACAAUAUUCACCUCCUAGCGAGUGGAUAAUGUGUGAGCUCCGUUUUUUUCCCAUUUUCUUAGAGAAAGAUCUUUUAAAAGUCGACAAAAUCCUAGGGUUGACUUUUUUUCAGGCAAGAAAAACACACGGGAGCUUUUUUUCUGGCUGAAAUUUUCGAAAAGGUAAGUUUGGAUCCCUACAAGUUAAGGAUCACUAGACUUUCAGCUAGGAAAUCCGAACUGAUGAAGAAUUUUUAGGGGAUAAAAAUAUGCCUAUAUCUACCGUUUAAAUACAAAAUACGUUUAACAAUGCCAUGUUUAAGUGAUUUUGAACUAUAUUCUCGUUGGGUGCCGCUGAAGAAUGCUACAUGAAGACGACGUCUUACCUCGAGGAACCGAAUCGCCAUUUUUACCAGCACUUCAUGCGAAGAACGACACCACAAACCUUUUCGGUUAUAAACUUUGCGAGUCAACAGAAAACAACAAAGCACUUCUUUUCUUCUCAGAUAAGGAAACAAUUCAAACUUUUAGAGGUCCCAUUUAAGUCAUUACGCUGUUGUUUGCGAAGUGAUAAGGUUGUGAAUUCCCAUGUUUGAAAAUUUUACAAAGAUCUAUUUUUAAACUGUCGCGUGUCUAGCUGACCUGAUCUGUCAAUCAAAUCGUACUUUUUGAUGGUUUCCUCUCUGAUUUUGUUGAGAUCACUUCGUGUGUAUAUACUAAAAUAAUUAUCCUUUUCAAUCUCGGUGAAUAGUGGCUUUAGGAAUAUUUACCUCGCCACUUCGUGUCUCGGUAAAUAUUUUGCCACUAUUCAACUCGAUUCCAAAGAAUAAUUGUUAAUUAUACCAUGCUCUACAAAUAUGGUAACUGUACGCGUCUGCUCAAAAUUAAAAACAAGCUGAAAAUCGGUUGUUUUUACAAAUAAAGUUGGGAAGAAUUCUUGAUACUGUUUUGUGGGCGUUCUUGAUAAAACAAUUAUUCUAGUCGCCCUUGUUGGAUAUGAGAUGAUUAUAGCCAUCUCGGCGCUACGCGCCUCGUUGGCUAAUCCACCAUUUCAUAUCCAACGCGCACUCGUGGAAUAAUUGUUAAAUGACCCAUCGAUCAACCUCGAGCAGUUUCCUUUAAACUAUUUUUUGCUAAAAUUGCGACCGAGAAUUGCUAGCAAAUCAGUUUUGCGACAGAUUGCAAUCUUGGACAUAAGUGAACAGCGGAGCUGGUUUUAGGAAAGUAACUAAACAGCUUUUAAACAAUUAGCUGAAAGGAAGUGAACAUACCGUCAGCUUUUGGCUGGGGGUACAGGUAUUGAAAUAUCAAAUUUGGAAAUUGCCAAUCCAUACUGGACCGCACGGUAUGGGAGUCUGUUGUGUAAACCAUUCCGGCUCAUGUUUAAAAUUAGCUUUUAGGUAAAUUUUAAGCUUUGGUAUGAAGGGGGCAAAGGGCUUGAUCUCAAUCCAGUGCAAUCCUUAGGCCAGUUUUUUUAAUAGCGCACGAACAAAACUUUUUUUUUCUGAAAGGUUGAUAGUUUCAGAUGAAUUGUUAGUUUUACAAUGAAGGAGCAGAAUUUUUGUACGGAAAUUGAUUUUAUUUAAUUUUUACCCUUUGGCAUAUUUCAAUCCCUAAUAAUGUCAGUCAGUGCCCAAAAGUGGGCGAUCCGAGAUAGCCCGUGAGGAGAAUCUUGUGUGCCGCUCGCAAAAAUGUUACCGCGAAGGUUUCUUACAAGAGUAGGGCUUUACUGACAAACCAUGAGGCUAAUUUGGCUCGAUUUUGGCUGAGUUCCUUUUUAUUUGCGUUUUUAUGAAUUGAGGUCCAUAAAAACGCGAAAAAGAACCCGGCAGCUCAGUAUCCAUUCCUCUUGACCGAAGAUUUGGCAAAUCAAGGAUUUAUUACAUGGCCAAAAAGGAAAUUGUUUCUCGCACAGACAACAGGAUUCUUUUCAUCUUGACGGGUCGUAAAACGGCCAGUCAUAUAAUGUAGCCUCUUCACACUGGCUCAUUAGUACACCGAGACGGGCGGCCAUUGACCAUCAUCACAGCGAAAUGUUUAGAGGAAUCUCGCCAUGUCACGUCAUUUACCUGGCUGGGGUAUUUUCUUACAUUAUUUUAAUUCUUACCCGGGUUUGGUUGUCUUAGCCUAGAUAUUCUCAAAACUACUUGGGGAGGGGGAGGAGGUUGGAUGUAGUUGACCCCCAGCGCCCAGAAGGCCAAAUUGGAUAGUCUUACAAACUUUUGGAGCAGAAUGUGACUGCUGUGAUGUCAUGUGAAAACAGUUUGUUAAUUGACGAUAUAUCAUUCUUUAUCUGUUAGAAUACCUUUCAUUACGAUUCAAAAUUGUGGACCGACAAGAUGGACCAUUAUCCCUCUGCGGGAAAGACCCUGCUUGAUCAUCAAGAAACAAAAUUACCCACCUACUGGAGCACACCAUUCACUAAGAUCUGCCUCGCUAUGAAGAUCGGCAAUCAAGUUAAUUCGAUCGUCAUCAACAAACAAGCCAACUCCUUACGCUCCUUGAUCGCUGACGGAAUCUACCGUUCGACGUCACUGGGUCGUCACACCUGGAAGCAGCUGAUUGGCCAACAGGCAUCGCUGCAGAGAUAUUGUAACAAAGAAGGGUUCAAUUCUCAGACGUUCCAAGAGCGAGGCAGAGCAAGAAUAGGUAUCAUAAGUAACGAACAAAACCAGUGUAAUUCCCCUGAUUCCAGCAUUGGGUUUGGUACUGGUGGUUAUCCUUAUGAUGACAACACCUGUGGAAACAUGGCCGAGCAGUUUCAACCAGACAAUGGUAGCAAAAACAUUAAAGCGAUGGGCUACAUCCUGGUGCAAUGA